CAGGCUGAGCAGCAAUCCGGAGAAGCUGUUCUCUCUGUAGGCUGGAAAAAAAGGGAGAGAGGGAAAGAGAUAAAGAAAGAUACCAGGAAAGAGGGUGAGACAAUUCCAGUUACCAUCAAGGCAAGACAAAACAAAUGAGGAAAGGAAAGGUGUGCACAAUGAAGGUUUGAUCCGAAAAAAGAGAGAGAGACAUUUUAUACAGCUAUAUUUAUAUAUGUAUUUAAAUACAUGGAGCUCUAUAUAUAUAUAUAUAAAUAUACAUAGUCUAUAUUUCUGUGAACACUGUGAUCGUGGCGUGGCAAGAGAAGAUUUUCUUUACCAUAUCAAUCAGGGCAGGUCUCUGAUUGUGUGAGCUGUACAAAGUAAUUCUUUUUCUAAUCAAUACGUAACGAAGAAGACUAUUUUUCCUUCCUCCCUCUGUGGUUAUUUCAUCUUCCUUUGGAGAGAACAUGUAAAAGAGGAAAAGAUCUACAAACGGGUGUUAUUUUUUAUUCUUGCAAUUAUUUUUGGUCCAUUUUUGUGGAACAUUUCGUGAACAAUCUGACACACAGGAGGAUUCACACAUCCAGCCAGCAUGCACAAACACCACCAUUGCUGUAAGUGCCCGGAAUGCUAUGAGGUGACUCGCAUGGCAGCCCUUCGUAGAAUGGACCCCCCAUCUUAUGGAGACUGGCAACCUGACCCUUUUGGGUACCCCUCUGGUUUUGGUGGUGGCCAAACCUUACCCCCCUCAGCCAGUAGUGGAGGAGGUGUGGGCAGCGGAGGAACUGCUGGCAGGAGUAAGGGCAAGAUGAUGUCUUCUGGGGGUUCUGGGUGCCCCAACCCAAAAGGCCAGUCCAAGGGCGGUCCCAAGGUGAAUGGCAACAGUUCUGGUGGACAAGGUGGAUGGUGGCCAGAGUGUACUUGCUCUAAUCGUGACUGGUAUGAUCAGGCAAACCCACCUCCUAUUAUUGUAAACACUGACUCGUUGGAUCCAGGCCCUUAUGUAAAUGGCAGUGAUGGCAUGUACAAAUAUGAAGAAAUUAUUCUGGAAAGGGGUAACUCUGGCCUGGGAUUCAGCAUUGCUGGAGGAAUUGACAAUCCACAUAUUCCUGAUGAUCCAGGAAUUUUCAUCACAAAGAUAAUACCAGGUGGCGCUGCUGCCAUGGAUGGCAGGCUUGGAGUGAAUGACUGUGUUCUGCGAGUUAAUGAAGUAGACGUAUCAGAAGUGGUACACAGCCGGGCAGUGGAGGCACUCAAAGAAGCAGGGCCUGUUGUAAGGCUGUUAGUGAGAAGGAGACAACCCUUACCUGAAACCAUUUUAGAAGUCAACUUACUUAAGGGGCCAAAAGGCUUGGGUUUCAGUAUUGCAGGGGGAAUUGGGAAUCAACACAUACCAGGAGAUAACAGCAUUUAUAUCACCAAGAUUAUUGAGGGUGGCGCUGCCCAGAAGGAUGGGAGACUUCAAACUGGAGACCGUCUACUGGCUGUGAAUAAUAUUAACCUGCAGGAUGUGCGCCACGAGGAAGCAGUGGCUGCCUUGAAGAACACUUCUGACAUGGUCUACCUGAAGGUGGCAAAGCCAGGGCCCGUACACAUUAACGACAUGUAUGCCCCACCAGACUACUCCAGCACAUUUCCAACUUUAGUUGAUAACCAUGUUAGUCAUAACUCCAAUAUGGGCUAUAUGGGUCCAGUUGAGACUAAGUCCUCCUACCAGCCACAUCAGGUUACACCAUCAAGAUAUUCUCCAAUCCCUCGUCACAUGAUUGGGGAUGAUGACUUUACAAGGGCUGAACCCAUUGAACCCAUUUACAGUGCCAUCCACAAACCACAAGCGGAACCCAUCCCUCUCUCCCCCCAGCUGUACAGCAGGGCGCCCUGGGAAGCGGGUUUGAGUCCCGCCCCCUCUGUCUUGUGCCCUGGCCUGGCAGCCUCUUCUGGCAGAGAACCACGGAAAAUUAUUUUACAUAAGGGCUCAACAGGACUGGGGUUCAACAUUGUGGGAGGAGAGGAUGGAGAAGGAAUCUUUGUGUCUUUCAUUUUGGCUGGUGGUCCAGCAGACCUCAGUGGAGAACUGCGACGGGGUGACCGUAUCCUUUCAGUGAAUGGUGUCAACCUGAGGAAUGCCACACAUGAGCAGGCAGCUGCUGCCCUGAAGCGUGCAGGCCAGACAGUCACAAUUAUCGCUCAGUAUCGUCCAGAAGAAUACAGUCGUUUUGAAUCCAAAAUUCAUGAUCUGCGAGAGCAGAUGAUGAACAGCAGUAUGAGUUCAGGAUCAGGUUCUCUACGUACCAGUGAGAAGCGGUCUCUCUAUGUCAGGGCCCUGUUUGACUACGACCGGACACGAGACAGCUGCCUGCCCAGCCAGGGACUUAGCUUUUUGUAUGGAGAUAUUCUGCAUGUCAUCAAUGCUUCUGAUGAUGAAUGGUGGCAGGCCCGACUUGUUACUCCACAUGGGGAGAGUGAGCAGAUCGGGGUCAUUCCCAGCAAAAAAAGAGUGGAAAAGAAAGAGAGAGCAAGAUUAAAAACAGUGAAGUUUCAUGCAAGAACUGGCAUGAUAGAGUCCAACAGGCAGUCAGUCAAAUCAAAACGUAAAAAGAGCUUCAACCUUUCACGCAAGUUCCCCUUCUACAAGAGCAAGGAGAACAUUGUGCAGGAAAAUGUGGACACAGCACAAUGUGUGACCUCCAACACUAGUGACAGUGAAAGCAGCUCCAAGGGCCAGGAAGAUGCAAUUCUCUCUUAUGAACCAGUUAUAAGGCAGGAAAUUCACUACACAAGACCUGUGAUUAUUCUUGGACCAAUGAAGGACAGGAUAAAUGAUGACCUGAUAUCAGAAUUUCCGCACAAGUUUGGCUCAUGUGUACCACACACUACACGUCCAAGGCGUGAAAAUGAAGUGGAUGGCCAGGAUUACCAUUUUGUGAUAUCUAGAGAACAGAUGGAGAAGGAUAUUCAAGAAAACAAGUUUAUUGAAGCAGGACAGUUCAAUGAGAACUUGUAUGGGACAAGCAUUCAGUCUGUGAGAGCUGUUGCGGAACGAGGAAAGCACUGUAUCUUGGAUGUGUCUGGGAAUGCUAUAAAGCGAUUACAACAAGCACAACUUUAUCCAAUUGCCAUUUUCAUCAAGCCAAAAUCAAUUGAAGCCCUUAUGGAAAUGAAUAAGAGACAGACGUACGAACAAGCCAAUAAAGUUUUUGACAAAGCAGCAAAGCUCGAACAGGAGUUUGGGGAGUAUUUUACAGCUAUUGUACAAGGUGAUUCACUAGAAGAAAUCUACAGUAAAAUAAAACAGAUAAUUGAAGAACAGUCUGGUCCAUACAUCUGGAUUCCUUCUUCAGAAAAACUCUAAAGCUCCUUCCUCUUUCAAGCUCAACCAUGGAGCGAAGAUUCCCCUUUCCAGUCAAGCCCUGUAACCCUGCCCCUUUUUACAGAAAUGUUGCAUAUCAAGUUUUCUUGUCAUCAUUCUGUUUCUCUUUAAAAACAAGUCUUAUCACUAUUACCGUGACUGUGCGAAACCCUGCAUGAGUUUUUCAAGAAUUCCAUCGAAGACUGGAAAGGUCUUUCCAAACAAAUUUUAUUACAAAAGCUAACGAAAACACUACAAUUUGUUUAUGAAGUACAGAGAAGAUGGAAUGUCUAAACACAUUGAGAAAUGGGAUGUGGACAUCUUGACAGGGGAAUAACGAACAGGUUGAAAUUAUUUGUAAAUGUUUUUAAACUCUUACUACAAUCUAGUUGGAAGGUGAGCAGCAGUGGUCACUGAGGUUUAUUUUUUCCUGCGAGGACUAGCUACCAAUCAAAUCCCUUGAUGGUCAUCUUCUGGUAAAGGAAUCUUUGUCCAUUAGUUCUUAAACAAGUGAUGGGAAGAAAAGAAAAAAAAACUGUUGAUCACAAUUUACCACAACCAGCUUACUAAGAUUGGCUUCACAUUGUUUAUGAAGCAGCCUGUCCUCUUUUCUCACCUCAGGAGGUGGGAAGGAAAGAAUAAUGACAAAUCUUAAAAUUUAUAUAUAUAUAUCAGACAGAUGAAAUUACAAAAAUCCUAUGGAGCAAAUUUUAAUACAUAUUAAAAAUAAGAUUGUUUUACACACUGAAACAAUGGUCUUGCAUGGAGGGCUCUCUGGUUUUUGAUAAGCUUAAUUCUAAUGCUAAUAACUGAUAACAACAGGUAAACCUAUAGUGUGACUGGGGUCCUAGUAAAAUCCUCAACUGCCUUAAUACAAAACUUCAUUUAACAAGGUUGUGGGAUUAUGUAUCUUGUAUAUUUAAACUGUCAUGUUUGUAUUAUGAUCAGAUGUACCUGUACCACCAAGAUUCAGAAGGCAAACCAUAUUGGUGUCUGAUCAGUUACUGGCCAUCGUUGAGUUUACUGGCUCUAGACAUCCUCCAACCCCCACAAAAAAUAAUCAUAGGUAAUUACUGAUUCAUUGUUCAAAAUGAAUCAAAAUGAAGCAGAGAGAGUAAAUUAUGUCAGUUUUAUAUAUGCAACCAUGAUCUUUGGUUCAUCACAGUCACAGUUUCCCCAUUAGUCAUUUUCAUUUAGCCUGCAGUUUUACAUUCUUUCGCUGCAAGCUGCAUUUAAAUAUAUGGUCAAAACGGGUAGAAAAAAAAUUCUUUGUUUUUCUUCUCCUUUUUCUUUUUUCCUCCUUGUAGAUACAGUAAUUGGCAUUAACUGUCUUUUGUCUAAUGCCCACUGGAUGGUGUGCUAAAACAACAUCCCACCCCCUUUUUUAUUAUUUAAUUUGAAUUGCAGCCCCUCAUAUCUUUAGCUAUCUGAGCAAGCUAUCAUACAACAUGGGUUGCUGCUUAGACAGAGCCACGUGGAGAGUGCCACAGAAAUGGCAAGAAAAAGUAUUUAAGGAACAGCAAAGGCUUCAGAUGUUUUUUCCUAAAGUAUCAAAUGAAGAUCUGUGAAAUCCAGAAGGUUUUACUUUAAUUGUCCUCCUGGAGGCAUUUUAAAGUGUGUGUAUGUAUAUAGAAGUUGAUUUUAUGUAAUGAUCUGCUCCACAAAAUAUUAUCAGUAGGAGGAAUUUUUUGCAGUACAGUAAUUUUUUUUUAUUAUUUAUUUUUUUGGGAAGAUCUUGGUUUAAUCUUUCUGUUUGUGGUCACUGUGACUAUAUGCAGAUUUUUUUUUUUUUUUUUGCAGUACAGUAAUUCCUGUUUUUGUUUUUUUUUUUUUUUUUAUAUAAAAUACCUGUCCUGUCUAUAUACAGACACACACUAUCUUAAAUUAUUAAAUUUAUAAUCCACUUUCCACUUUUUUAUUGUAGUCGCUUAAUAUGGCAUUUAUAGUAAGCUUCCCGUUUCUGCACUGUAUAAAUACUGUACAUCUUAAUUUACUUUAUGGUGUACUGUAGACUACAUUCUAUAUUUUAUUCACUUUGGCAUACACUGGAGCAACUAUUUAGUUAUCUGUGACAUUCCCUGGUGAUUUUCAUGCUGAAAAUAUUACUUUCUAUAAUAAAAUAGGUUUUCUAGCCUCAUGAUUGUUAGUAAUGGGUGGUGAGCUGCUGAGACACAAACUCCUAUUAAUACCAUUCUAAUUUAAUUUCAAUGUAAAACUUUAUAAUUAGGGUGUAGGCAAAGCCCAGCUCUAUAAUUUGCAGGUGACGUCUCUUAAUAUGUGCCAGUUUGUAAAUGGCACCUCUACAAAACCAGCUGUAAUUCACUUUAAAAGUUCAGGGAAUAAAGAAUGGGAACAGAGCCAAUAUAUUAAUUGCUUUUUGACUGUUUAGAAUAUUGUUCUACCUGUAACUGUCUUCUACUCUUAAAAUACCCCACUUUUGUAUGGUACAAUAACCAUGUGAGUGAUCCUGAGACCGGAACUUUGAAAAAUACAUGUGACAGUAUCAGUCACUCAUCUGUUUUCUGCUAGAUGGAUUAAAACAUGGAACACAAGUUCUGCUUAACUCCUCCUGCACAUCACAUCUUUAGUACACCUCUGCCACAGCAGCAGGCAAAACUGAAUGUGAGACUCCACAGUGGCUUUACUGUUUGAAUAAAGGAUUUGAAAAAUACAGACAACAUACUGGAAAUGUCAGAUGUGUCAAAAGUGAAAAAUCUGGCAUUUCAAGACUGGCUGUGAACCUUUUUUUUGUAUUUUGUUUUUUUUUUUUUUUUUGGGUUUGUUUUUUAUCCCCUUCCAUAGGAGACAUAUUGAUUUCUUGUAUUACUGGUUUGUUUAAAGUUUGCAGACUGUUAAACAUGUCUCUCUUACAGUCAGCUUGUCAAUAACUAGCCCAAAGAAUAGGGUACUGUGCUCUGAGAAUGAAUUAUUUAUAAUGCCUUUGUGUUAAUCUCGUGAGGGUGUCAAAGUCCUUUGGGCCAGGAGAACUUUCUAAAAAAUAAACUGUAUUUUUUGUCUUUUCA